CCCGCCCACUCUCCCGUCUGUCCUUUCCAGUGAGGGCCUGGCGCGUUCUUUAGUUUUGAAGGAGCUUAGGUAGCUUCUCUGCUGCCAGACCCUUUCCUCUCCGGCGCUUCCAGUUAUACAAAGCAAGAAUUAAACAUGUCUCACUUUGCACAAAAGCUUCGCAACUUACUCAACCAGCCGGGAGAGUUUGAACAGGUUGAGGAGGAGGAUGUUAGGAGGUGGGGUCUGACAGGUGUAAGCCUUCGUCCAUACCAACUUAUUGGCUUAAAUUGGCUGGCUCAGUGUCAUAGUACUCAACAUGGCAGCAUCCUUGCAGAUGAGAUGGGUCUUGGGAAAACAUGUCAGUCAAUAUGUUUUCUUCUCUACCUAACUGGAAGGCAAAAGGAGAAAAAUCCUUUCUUGAUCUUGUGCCCAUUGUCAGUACUGAAGAAUUGGACAGAAGAACUGGGAGGGUUUGCUCCACAGCUUUCAUUGGUUGUGUACACAGGAGACAAAGAUACAAGACUAGCUUUGCAACAAGAUCUAAAGAAUUACAAUUUCCAAGUACUUCUCACCACUUAUGAGAUUUGCCUGAAAGAUGCUUCUUUCCUGAGCAGACUGAGCUGGAGUGUACUAAUUGUGGAUGAGGCCCACAGGUUGAAGAACCAGAACUCUCUACUGCAUAAGACUCUGAAAACAUUUUCAGCACGAUUCACACUACUACUAACUGGAACACCAGCACAGAACAAUCUUCAUGAGCUCUAUUCACUGCUGAGCUUUGUGGAACCAAAUGUGUUCUCAGCAGAUGAAGUGGAUGAAUUUAUUAAAUAUUACAAUAAUGUAGAACAGGAUGCAGAACAAGCUAAAGAGCUGCACAGUCUGAUGUACCCAUUCCUUCUCAGAAGAAUCAAGGCUGAUGUUGCUGCUGAUCUACCUAAAAAGAUAGACAUUGUUUUGUAUCAUGGGAUGUCUGUACUGCAGAAAAAAUACUAUAAAGCCAUUCUGAUGAAAGACUUGGAUGCAUUUGAGAAUGAAACGGGCAAGAAAGCUCGAUUGAUGAAUAUCUUAAUCCAACUUAGAAAAUGUGUUGACCAUCCUUAUCUUUUUGAUGGUGUGGAACCAGAACCAUUCCAGAUUGGAGAUCAUCUUGUGGAAGCGAGUGGUAAACUUCACUUACUGGAUAAAUUACUGGCAUUUCUGCACCCCAGAGGUCAUCGAGUGUUGCUGUUUUCUCAGAUGACAAGAAUGUUGGACAUCUUGCAGGACUACAUGGAAUAUAGAGGUUACAGUUAUGAACGUUUGGAUGGAUCAAUACGAGGCGAGGAGCGAUAUCUUGCUAUCAAAAACUUUAAUCAACAAGAUAUUUUUGUUUUCCUUUUAAGCACCAGGGCAGGUGGUGUCGGAAUGAAUCUCACUGCUGCUGACACUGUCAUAUUUGUGGAUAGUGAUUUUAAUCCUCAAAAUGACCUCCAGGCAGCAGCGAGGGCCCACAGGAUUGGCCAGCAAAAGCCGGUCAAAAUUAUUCGGCUGAUUGGAAGAGACACCGUUGAAGAAUUGAUCUACAGACGAGCUAUGUCAAAGCUGAGGUUGACAAACACUUUGAUUGAAGGUGGUCAGUUCUCUCUGAAGGAGGGGGAAGAAUCACCUGAAACUUUUGAUAUGCAGUUAAGUGACAUCCUGAAAUUUGGUCUGGAUAAGUUGCUGUCUUCUGAAGAGAGCACUGUAGAAGAUGUUGACCUGGAAAAUAUUAUAGGGGAAACCAGAAAAGGAAUGUGGGUCACUGAGGAGCAACCGAUGCAGACAGUGGAAGCAGAUGAAGAGCAGGAGGGAACAAUACACAUGUAUCAAUAUGAGGGUAAAGAUUACUCUAAAGAACCCAGUUCAGAAGAUCAGAAAACCUUUGAGCAACUUCUGAACCUUCGCAAAAUGGCACUUGAAGAAGCCAGUAAAGGAGGAAGAUCACUUCGCAAAAAGUCCAAUGUCUUUCUGGCGGCCCCAUUGGAUCUGACCACCAGAAAAAAACGAAUAUUGUCACCUGAAGAACUGGAGCAACGACGUCAGAAACGUCAAGAGGCAGCAGCUAAACGUGCAAAGCUACUGUAUGAAAAGAAACAAAAGCAAGAAGAGGAGGAGCAAAAGAAAAAGAUGGCUUGGUGGGAAUCUUGUGGCUACAGAUCUCUCUGUCUUCCAGCAUUGGAUAGUGAGAGCGAGGAUGAAUCGGAGGAAGAUGAAAAUGACCUUCCCGGUGAUUUGGAUUCUGCAGAUAUGGAACAGAUGUCCAUUCACUACGUUCUUGGGGAUGUCACUCACCCAACGGUUGCUGACAAAGAGGAUGCAAUAAUAGUGCACUGUGUUGAUGACUCUGGAAGAUGGGGAAAAGGAGGUUUGUUUACAGCUUUGGAAGCUAGAUCUGAUGAACCAAGAAAGCAGUACGGGCAAGCAGGAAAAAUGAAUGACCUUUCUCUGGGAAGUGUUCUUCUAUUUCCCAUUGAUGACAAGGAGUCGAGAAAUACAGGACAAGACUUGUUAGCAUUGAUAGUUGCCCAGCAAAGAGAUCAUUCCAACAAUCUCUCCGGAAUCAAACUGACAGCUUUAGAAGCAGGGCUGCGAAAACUCCAGAGAGCUGCCAAGAAAAGGAAUGCAAGUGUACAUCUCCCACGAAUAGGACAUACAACCAAAGGAUUUAACUGGUACGGCACCGAAAGACUUAUUCGGAAAUACCUUUCAUCAAGAGGAAUAGCAACGUACAUCUACUAUUUCAAAAGACAUCGUGCCUCCGCAUCUGCUUCAGGACCCUCGGUCUCUAUCGUCAAAACAUCAACAAAACAGGAUAAAGCAAACAGAAAUAGAACAGAGGGAGGUGCUGCAGAAAAAUCAGCAGAAAGUUCAGCCAUUCUACAAAAUUUCAUGUCUGGAGUGAGUGUUUACUUCUUCAAUAUAUCAGAAAAGAAGAAGCUAAGCCGUUAUUUGAUUGCUUAUAAUGGUGACGUGGAUCAGAAUUUCUGUGCUGAAACUACUCAUAUCGUGGCACAAGUGGAUGAUUCUAGCCAAAUGCAGGAGUUGCAAAGCUACCUACAGGAGAAUCCUACAGCAGUUGUAGUCCAAGCACGGUGGCUUGAAGUUUGUUUUUCAAAACAGCAGAAGGUUGACACAUUUUUGUAUAAAAUAAAGUUAAAUGACUCUCAGUGAAGUUCACACAUGCAAAGAUUAUUCUAACAACACCCUGAAAAUGCCAUGUAAAUAUGAGAACAGCAUAAAUGGGAAAUCAAUAUAUGUGGAUAAAAGCAAAUACUGUGGAUGCUGGAAACCUGAAAUGAAAACAGAAAAUACUGGAAAAUCUUCGCAGGUUCGGCAGCAUCUGUGGGGAGAGAAACAGAGUUAACGUUUCGAGUCAGUAUGACUCUUCUUCAGCUCCAACUAGAUGAUCUCGAACAUGGAUCUGCUCUGAAGAAUCGUAUGAACUUGAAACGUUAAUUCUGUUUCUCUCUCCAGAUGCUGCCAGACCUGCUGAGUUUUUCCAGCAUUUUCUGUUUUUAUUUCAAUACAUGUGGGCUUGGGUUAAUAUCACUGAAAAAAAUGUAUUUCAGUUUUACUUUUUUUUACAUUAUGAAAUUUGCUUUGACACUGAAGUAUUCAUAUUCAAUUUGUUUGUCAAUUUCUUUUCCGUUUUAGGGUUUUGGCAUUAAUUUUGUAUUAAAAAACUCAUUUAGCAUUUUACAGAUGCUUCCCCACAUGGAGGUAUGAUAGCCUGGUGUUUUUAGUACAGGAUUAAGAACCAAGUGGUCAUGAGUUCAAAUUCCAUUGUAGCAAGUUGUGAAAUUCAAUUCAUAAAAGUCAGUUUGUGGGCCAACACCUGGGGAAUGACUAUGAAAGCUGCUGGAUUCAUGAAAACUCAUUUGGUUAACUAACAUCCUUCAGGAGUGUAAGAUGUAAACUUUUACCCAACAGGUUACUCUACAGCCCAGACACGAGAACUACGAGAAAUAAUCGGAUAGCAUUCAGAGCUCAAAUUAAACACUAAUGUCUUUACUAGAUAUGAACAAUACCCAUGACAAUACCCUUGUCACAAUACACCUGUUACAGUUGGUCACAAAUACAUUACAAGAAAUUAAUUUGUAUGAUCACACAAUGAGUGGUCAAACCCCUUCCGAAUCAUAUCUCUAGCAGCUGACCAGGCUGAAUCAUCCUUUUGCAACAAUUUUUAUACCCUUCUUUCUAAGGUAGGCAGAUGUUUAAUUGACAAAUGAGGCAUCCAAUUCUUUGUUCAAACCAAUUCCUCUCACAAUGCCCAUAUGUUCAAAACCACCUUUGUUAAUUUCCCAUUCCUCGUGGCUGUUUCAAAACCUUUAUCAGCCCUUUUUCCUGCUCAUAGGACAUUAAAACAACUUAAGUCACUUUAGUCCCUGACUUCUUACAAACUGUUGUUUAGAGAAUUAAAACAAAGUCCAUCUGACAAAGCAUAUAAACUAAACUUGUCUGCUGAUUUCCCUGCAAUAGGGAGAUAUUGUCAAUCAAUCUUAGCUUGUGUCCUCUCUUGCAGUCUUCAGAAAUACUUUUCGUGAAUGUAAAACUUCUACAAAAUCUUGACUCUUCAUUAAAGCAAAGCAUAGCUUUUAAA